AUGUUUUCUUCUUACCUCCCGUUCCAGUUCGAUUAUUCUGAAUGGAAGAUCAGCUUUGAUACUGUCGAGAAUUGGCCCUCUCUUGACUUUGAUGAUUCUGCUUGGCAGUCAAAGAAGACCAGCGAGUUUACGACGAAUGCCAGAGUCACUACCUAUGUGCGUCAUCAAGUCGAUAUUCCUGACAUCAACAGCUAUUCUGUAUUGAAUGUUCAGGUCAAGUAUGCUGGAGGUAUUGUUGCCUAUUUCAAUGGCCGCAAGGUGGCUCGCUUCAAUUUGGAAAAGAACUUCAACGAGGAAUCGCAGUCGCUUGCUGUCCAUGAUGUGGACACGCCUUCCAAGUUCCAUGUGAUCAUGACUACGGUUGGUGGAACGAAUGGAAAGAACAUGAUGGCAUUCGAAAUCCAUCGUCCUCUCGGCCAGUCCUCUUCGAAUAAGAUCGUGUUCGAUGCUACGGGUGUGUUCGGAGUGAACGAGUGUUCGAUUCUUGUGGAUACAUACUCGGUUAUUACUGGAUCGCCCGUCUCUAACACUGAAAUCGAAAACUUGUUCGAUCUGAAUCCCACGACCUACGGAAGUCAGGCGAACACUCAGGGAACUUAUAUUGACUGGGAGGCAGAGAACCUGGAGGAAACCAAAUUCAACAGCUUCGCCAUGCAGACCGUGUAUUCUCGUACUGGUUUUGGAUUCUCUCUCUAUGUCCGUAUGUCCAGCGAGGAGGAGUAUAUUUCCUCGUUGGCUGUUACGGGUCAGUCCACGCAGGCUUUGAGACGAAUUGCUUGGGGUGUGCCUGUUGGAAUUGCUGGAUUCAAGCAGCUCAAGUAUGAAGUGGAUGUGCCUGCUAAUGGUGUGGUGUCUUUCAGCUCGAUUAUGCUUCAGUACUGCAAGCCUAGCGGAACUGGAGUGUGUCCUGGAAUCGGCGACUAUCCUUCUGUGGGAGAGGGAGAAAUCUCGCCUGCUAGUUGCGAGGAGGGAUAUCGUGGAUAUUCGUACCGUACUUGCUCAAAUGGUCAGCUGGGUGAGAUCAACAACAAGUACUGCGUGCAGAAGAUUCCCGCAAAAAUGCUUUACAAAUCGGGGAGAUUCGACCUUAUUAAGGAUGUUGAAGCCCAUAUCGAUGCUCCCAAAUAUGAAAACAUCAUUGAAGAGUUUUAUUUGGCUGAGAACACCUUCCUGCCCACUGGAUUGGAGCUGAACGCCAAGACCGGAGAAAUUACUGGAAUUCCCACGGAGGAAGUUUUGUGA